AUGACCAACCCCCGAGUGUUUUUCGAGGUCGCAAUUGGCGGCAAGACCAUCGGCAAGAUCUACUUUGAGCUGUUUGCCGACAAGGUGCCCAAGACCGCCGAGAACUUCCGAGCUCUGUGCACUGGCGAGAAGGGCAACACCCAGGCCGGAAUCCCUCUGCAUUUCAAGGGCUCGUCUUUCCACCGAGUCAUCAAGGACUUUAUGGUGCAGGGAGGAGACUUCACCGCUGGCAACGGUACCGGAGGAGAGUCCAUCUACGGGGAGAAGUUCCCUGACGAGGCGUUCCCUUACCCCCAUGAUCAGCCCUUCUUGCUGUCAAUGGCCAACGCCGGGCCCAACACCAACGGCUCGCAGUUCUUCAUCACCACCACCGAAACCCCCCAUCUCGACAACAAGCAUGUGGUAUUUGGCAAGUUGCUCAGCGGCAAGGGUAUUGUGCGACAGAUCGAGCGAACUGAGACAGGCGAGCAGGACCGACCCAAGCAGCCCGUCACCAUUGUGGACUGCGGAGAGCUGCCCGCAGACUUCCAGGUGCCUGUUGGAAACGUCGACGACGGCACUGGAGACGACUACGAGGACUUCCUCAAGGAUAACGACAAUGUGGACGUGAACGACCCUGCCUCUGUGCUGGGAGCCAUUGAGAAGCUCAAGUCGAUCGGAACCAAGCUGUUCAAGGAGGGAAACGCCGAGGGAGCGCUCAAGAAGUACCUCAAGGCCACCACCUACCUGGAGGACUAUCUUCCCGAUGAUUUGUCCGAGGAGAACAUUGCCAAGGUGCAUGCUCUGCGAAUCUCGUGCUACCUCAACGUGGCUCUCAUGGCUCUUAAGGUCAACCAGCCCAAGGUUGCCAUCAAGGCCGCGACUUCUGCUCUUGAUGACGAGACUGUGGCCAACAAGGAGAAGGCCAAGGCUUUGUUCCGACGGGGAUCUGGAUACGCCGCUCUCAAGAACGAGACCGACGCUCUCAAGGAUCUGAAUGCUGCUCUGGAGCUCGAGCCCGCUGAUGGGGCCAUCAAGAACAAGAUUGAGGAGGUCAAACAGGCUGCGCAGAGACGACGGGAGGCGGAGAAGAAGAAGUAUGCUGGUUUCUUUGGAGGCAAAUAA